AUGGCCCUGACGAUGAACCCGCCCUCGAGGUGGUCCAACAAGAGGCAGAAGGUGUUCAAGUCUGUCUUUGACACGGAAAUCUCGCAGCCUACGCCUUAUUCGACACCCUCAAAGAGGUUCACCGCGCAAAGCGAGCCAUUCGGUGGCACACCGCAGUCACCACAGCCACCACACCACCAGUCUCCCUCCCGCUCGCACUUUCGCGGCGGCAGCAAGGCCUUGAACCACCCAGGAUCCCCUCCGUCGACGCUCCCAGGCAUCCAGUCCACUGAAGCCAGCGACCAAGUUCGCUGGGAUCGAGCGUGGCAUGUCGUCACGACCUGUAUCCAGUUACCUGCCUCGGUUGCCGCGGAAGACUCCUUCGGGACCCUGGCGACGGAAUCGCAGGACCAUGAUGCCGAGUUCCAUGACAGUCUGAGCCUGGUACUGCAUCCCGAGAGACACGUCCAGCAUGCCACUCACACGGAGGACAUUCUCUCCUGGCACACCCAGCAGGUUCGCCACCACUUCGCCCAUCACGUCCUGCCCCUGCUGUCUGCAUGCAACAGCUACGGAGACCAGGGCCAGGUUCUUCUGGGGAGCAUCCAUACGCUAGAAGCAGCCCACCGCCAGUAUCUCUACGGCCUGUCUCUUGUCGUGCGGGGUCUCGAGUCCAGGAAGGCGGACAUCGCGGUCGACAAGUUCCGGCGCGAUUUGCACGCAGUCAUCGGCAACUCCAUAUCACAGGCGCUUAUGGAAUCUCUCCGUGCGGUCCUGGGUCGCUUGAUGAGGGAGGUUCUGGGCAUGCAGGCCUGGCCUUCGUCUGGGAGAUCUUGGGAGACAGCCCUGCAAGGGGAUGGCCAGGCAGCAGCGGCGGCGGAAGCAGCGCGGCAAGAGCUGCUGCAGAUGGUCGAGACACUACACAAGGUCGGCCUUGCGGGCGAGCGGUUCCAAGUGCUGUUUGCCGAGUUGAUGGAUGCAACAAUGGCCGAGCACAUCAAGACAUCCUUCGCCGGGGCUUGGGCGCAAUCAAAGGCAGACGGCAGGAAGGAUGCGCCACGGUCUUCGCUGACCGCUCGCGCAGCGAAGCACAGCACACCUUCACGCUGCAUUGCUGCACUCAGUGAUUGGGUGGAAAACCGCUACUCCCGGUUGGCGGUCGAGGUGUUUGCGCGCCUUGAUAGCGGGGAGAUUGCCUGGGGCGAUGUCGAAAAGUGGAAGGAGAUUGCAGUCGGGAGAUUAGCAGUCAUGCGCAUCCACGAGCUUUUCGACAUUGUGUUGCAAUGGCCAGAGAGUAGGGGGGCGCUGGACGACCUGCGCAUGGCCAUCACCACGCCGCAGAGACGGCUGCAGUUGACGGAUACGUUUUCGGCAGCGUUACAGAAGCGUUUGCUUCACCCGGGACGGUCGACGCUCGAUAUACUUCGCGUGUACAUCUCCAUGAUUCGGACCUUUCACGCUCUCGACCACUCCAAAGUACUCCUGGACCGAGUGGUCCAUUCCCUGCAGCUCUACUUGUGCCAGAGAGAUGACGCCAUCCCCAUCGUCGUCACCGGCCUGCUGUCCAGUCCGGAAGAUGUCGACACGGCCGGCAAAACCAAACUCGUGGAGCUCGCGGUUCUCCUCAACGACCCCUCACAGCAGCGGCGUCCGGCGACGGAUGACGAGGAGCUGGACUGGGACGACAUGGAGUGGAUCCCCGAUCCGGUCGACGCGGGCGUGAACUACAAGCGCCCCAAGUCCGAAGACGUCAUUGGCACUCUCAUCAACGCCUUGGGCUCGCAGGACAUCUUCAUCAAGGAGUUCCAAAAUAUUAUUGCGGGCAGACUGCUGUCUACUCAAACAGACUUCCCCCAAGAGAUCAGAGUGCUUAACCUGCUCAAGAAGCGCUUCGGCGAGAACGCUUUGCAGAACUGCGACGUCAUGAUCAGAGAUAUCCAAGACUCUAGGAGAGUCGAUGCGACCAUCACCAAGAACGUCAGGACGGGCCACAUCGGUGGUCCUCCUCGCCGAUCCAAGGACCUUCCGUCCUACCACACCAAGAUUCUUUCUCGGCUCUUUUGGCCCGGCAUGGACAGGGAGCACUUUAUCCUGCCACGCCCCGUCGUCGAAAUGCAGGGCCGCUACGAUGAGGAGUUUGAACGUCUCAAGUCUUCACGCAAGCUCACGUGGCUCAACAAUCUCGGCAUCGCAACGGUCAAUCUGGAGCUGGAGGACCGCACGGUCGAGCAGGAGUGCAAGACGUACGAAGCCGUCGUCAUCUACGCCUUUCAAGAGGACGACGCCGACCCGGAAGCUGUCCCUGUGCGGCGUACGGUUGAACAGCUGGAGGAGAUGCUGCAGAUGGAUGACGAUCUCAUCCGCUCUGCUAUACACUUUUGGGUGAGCCACCGCGUCCUGCGUGAAACCGAACCCGGCACGUUUGUCGUCCUUGAGAGGCUCGAAGACGAUGUCGACAAGGACGCGUCCGCCGCCGGGCCUUCCGACGGCGACGCGCGCGCCCCUCCGUCUGGCGACUUUUCACCCAAGAAGCCGGCGCUCGACGCAAAGGAGAAGGAGAAGCGGCAGGUCUACUGGCAGUUCAUCAUCGGCAUGCUCACCAACUCGAGCCCGGCGAUGCCGCUUUUCCAGAUUGCCAUGAUGAUGAAGAUGCUCAUCGCGGACGGGUUUCCCUGGAGCAACGAGGAGCUGCAGGAGUUCCUCGGCGAGAAGAUUGCCGAGGGGGAGCUGGAGCUGGCGGGCGGAAAGUACAAGCUCCCGAAGAAGUGA